AUGGAACAUCUAUCCAUCAGGUUCCGUGGUGUCUGCGCAGACACCACGGAAGCACCCAUGCCCACCAACAAGAUUAAGACCCGGAAGUACAAUUGGAUUGUUUUUCCCUUUGUUGCUGUCCUCAAACAGUUCCGGCUUUUCUUCAACCAGUUUUUCUUGGUUCUAGCCUUUCUCCAGCUCUAUCGCCCUCUUCAAGUUGGCCUCGCCUUUACAUACUACCUUCCUCUAUGUUUCAUUGUCCUAGUCAGUGUUGGGCGCGAAUUGUAUGAUGAGCUGAAUCGAGCAAGACGUGACAAGUUAGUCAAUAGUGGCAAGUACAAUAUCAUUGGCCCCUAUGGACUCGUUCCUACCAAGUCCGAAGACAUUAAGGUUGGAAGCAUCGUGCUUCUAGAGCCAAAUCAGAGGGUUCCCGCGGACAUCGUUAUCCUCCAAGCCGUGGAUCAUUUGUAUGUCAAGACAGUCAAUCUGGAUGGGGAAACAGAUCUAAAGGUCAAGAUGCCUUUGCUUGGUACUGUCGAUAGCCCAGAAACACUGGCAGCACCGGACCUGCUCUCUGCAGUCCUUGAUUCCAUCCACGUUACCUAUGCCAAGCCAUCGGAUAAUCUCUAUCACUUUUCCGGGGUUCUUCAAAACGCACAAACUGACGCUGUAAUUGGACCCAUUACAGUUUCUAAUGCAAUCUGGAUGAAUUGCAGUCUUGCGCGCGGAUACGCAACGGGAUUGGUUGUCUACACAGGGAAGAGCACACGCAUUAUGCAGAACCUUGGACGGCGACGGGUUAAACAAGGGUCUCUCGAUGUUGAGCUGAACAUGUUUGUCAAGGGCAUGUUCAUUUUCUGUCUGCUCCUGUCAGCGCUGGUUACAUUUGCCACCACAACCAGAAGUAUUAUCGUCUUCGUUCGCUGGAUCAUAAUCCUCAGCUCGAUUAUUCCAUUGGCCAUGCAGGUUUCCUAUGACUUCGGCAAGCUCGUCAUGGCCGGAAGUAUUAAGCGGGACGACACCAUAAGUGGGAUUGAGGUCAGAUCAACCGAUCUAGCUGAAGAGCUGGGCCGCAUUAGCCAUGUCUUCAGCGACAAAACAGGGACUCUGACACGGAACGAGAUGUGGCUCCAUGAGGUUGUUGGAGAAAAAAAGCCCAGCUUGUCUGUCCACGUAUUUGAUAAUUACGCUAGCGAAUUGCAGCGCAUCGUCCUCUUUGCAAUCAUGACAUGUCACAACGUCGAGUUGUUCCGCGAGGAUCAGGAUUCACCAGAGCAAGAUACCGCCCUUAGGCCAAGAAGGAGGAGGCAGCCAAGAACUUGCUCAGCAAGCACUAGUCAAUCAUCUGAACAGAGAACGUCUCAGGAGCCAACUAGCUUUCUCGACGCGAGCAUCUCUGAGGCCAUCGGGCUCGAAGAUCGAUCUCAGCCUGUGCAGACGCUCUCACUUUCCGAUUCACCAACAGAAUUGCUCUUUACGCGCCGCGAGAUUGACGAAAAUCUGAUCCUUAAUCGAUAUAUUGGCUCAUCUCCCGACGAGGUUGCAAUAAUAAGAAGCAUGCAUGCGCGGGGCUAUAUACUGGAAGAAAAGUCACAUAAUCUUGUACGCUACACUGCUAGUACAGGAUCUCAAGAGUUUGAGCUUCUUCAUACCUUUCCAUUUACAUCAGAGACCAAGCGCAUGUCUGUCGUCACUCACCACAUUGCUACCGGAACCACGUUUAUUUUCGUUAAGGGAGCAGACACAACUAUUGAGGUGUUUGCCAAGUACUGUCCAUGGCUUCGAAACACCGUCGAUGCUUUGGCAGGGCUGGGGCGGAGGACCCUCGUGUAUGCGUACCGCAUGCUCGAUGAUGACGACCUUAGUAAUUUUCAUUCAUCCAUUACUGCUGCGUCUGCAGAUCUGGCAAACCGAGAUUCCAUACUCGUGAAAUGCGAAGAGACUCUGCUGACAGGGGUGGAGGUCUUGUGUGUAACAGGAAUCGAAGAUCAGCUCCAGCUCAAUGUGAAGGCAACGAUCCAGGAUCUGAAAAGAGCAGGAAUUAAGUUCUGGAUGUUGACCGGAGACAAGGUUGUGACAUGCUUGAGCAUAGCCCAGUCGUGCGGGUUGCUCCCAAAUACAGCAGUCAAGAAGCAUACCAGCAAGCUUCGUGCAUCCGAGAAUACCGCGCCUUUGACUACUCAGUCGCUGCAUCCUGAGGCAUGUAAGUAUCCAACUACUCCAUCUCUAGAUGCUGUAUCUAUUCCUACAAGAUCUGAGAUAGAAGUGGGCCAAGAGGAUAAGACACCCAUGGCAAUCCUCCGCAGAGCCAUUCGAGAUGAUCCCAAUUCCUUUAUGAGUGUCACCUCCAGAAGAGAAAAGCGGCUCAAUAGAAAGAAACGCCCAGGGUCUCUUGUUUUAGCAAGCACGUGCUAUGGGCGCUUGAGUGAGCAUAUCUACUUCUUGACGGAGGAGCUCACCCCUGUUGAAAUAGUCUCCGUUCUGAAAGAGCUCUCUCAAAUGGUUAGCUUCACACAUGAGGUUACCAUCGUCAUAGACGGAUCAGCGCUGGAGAAACUCCUCGGUAACUACCCCGUGGACUACUUCUACACACAUGCAAUCCAUCCCAUCACUGGGAACCUUCUUCCUUUGCACUCGUGUGUAAGGAUCUGGAGGAGAUUCACCCGCUGGUUACUUAUCUACCUUACAGGACACCCCAGACGCGGUAAGGGGAGUCUUGGACCAGAUGCAGAGACGCGCGAGCUUUUUGCAAAUAUUGCUAGCAAGGCAGAAACGGUCCUCUGCUGCCGCUGCACACCAACGCAGAAGGCCCUUGUUGCAGGCCUCAUUUCGGUAUACACAGGCAGCAAAUCCCUAGGGAUAGGCGAUGGGGCAAAUGAUGUUCCCCUGAUCGAAACUUGCUCUGUCGGCAUAGGACUGCGGGGCAAGGAGGGCAACCAGGCGGCCAACGCAGCAGACUAUGUGAUGACAGAAUUCCGAGGACUGAAGAAGCUUCUGUUAUGGUAUGGCAAGUGUAGCUACGUGGGUAGUGCACAGAUAUGCCAGUUUAUCGUCCAGCGCGGGGUUGCGCUAUGCUUGCUCCAGAUUUGUUUCACCUGCCUUUACUUUUUCACGUCUCUCGUUCUUCACACCGGGGUACUCCUCUUGGGAUACGUGACGCUAUUCACAAUGUUUCCACCGUUCAACUAUUAUAUUAACGAAGAUGUGGACUACCAACUAGUACUAAAAUACCCAGAAAUCUAUCGGAUUACGUCGCGUGGAUCUAUUCUGAACCUUAAGACAUUUUUUCUCUGGACAUUUAGUGGCUUUAUUAUAGCAGUGGUAGUGUUUCUUCUUGCAUACAUCUUCUCGUCGUUUCCCAUUUCUGUCAGCAGAUUUACGUUUUUCAGCUUCGCCAUACUGCUGUGGAGCGAGCUCUGCCUGAUCCUUGUGACUACCCAUCGCUUUUCCCUUAUGCUCCUCGUUGCCUUGCUUCUCAGCUACUUGAUGCUAUUCUUGGUUGUUGCCAUUUAUCCGGGCUCCUUGACUCGUAGCGAAGUGUUUUCUCUAGAUAUGUUUUGGCGCUUAUGCGUAACAAACGCAAUAUCGACUGUACUGCUUUUUGUCGGUGAACGCAUCGUUCGCCGGUUCUCUAAACCAAACGUGGUCCGUAUUCUCAGAUCAAUGAGAAAGCCAGUUUAUUGUGCUACAUGCAAAGUUCCACGGUGUUGCACGCGUGAGUCGCAACAGAAUGUGGCUGUCAUAGGCAAGCCUUCUUUCAACCAAGACCAUCCUGGCCUAUCUCGCAGCGUCUUACGAGAUCGAAGUAAGCCCAUGUAUAGAGCAGGCUCUGGGAUAAAAACGGAAUCCGAAUCUGGCUCGGGGUGGCCCUCUGGUAUGGUAGUGACGAGCAAAUCCCACAGGCGACCCUCUUCAUCGAGCUAUGUCCGUCUUCGAGGCAUUUACAUUCUAAGCUCCACUGGGAGACACUUCUUCAAUAUGCCGGAGAGUGUUUUCAACAUCCUCACGCUCAGGAUGUGUCGUCGUUGCGUCAGAAUAAAUUCUUAG